ACUCUCCUAGAUGUUCCUCGGCUGCCUCAAAAUGACGUGUCAGGCAAAAGUGCAGCUCUGCGUGGAGUGAUGGUCAGCCUGGAGACUUCAGCACUAUGGGAGACAUUUAACAAUCUCGGAACUGAGAUGAUUGUGACAAGAGCAGGAAGGAGAAUGUUCCCACUAUUCCAGGUUCGUAUUUGGGGGAUGGAUCCCACUGCAGAAUAUUCACUUCUUCUCGAUUUCCUGCCAGUAGGAGACAAAAGAUACAGGUAUGCUUUCCACUCCUCCUCCUGGCUGGUUUCAGGCACUGCAGACCCAGCACCACCCGGCCGCCUCCAUUUUCACCCAGACUCUCCUGCAAGAGGAUCACACUGGAUGCGCCAGACUGUUUCAUUUGAUCGUCUCAAGCUCACCAACAAUGUGCAGGACAUGAGAGGACAUAUAAUUCUGAACUCCAUGCAUCGCUACCAACCAAGGCUCCAUAUCCUGCUGUCUGACCGCCGUCAGGGAGGAGAGGCUCGUGCUGCACAGAACUUUGUUUCCUUUGUGUUUCCGGAGACUCAGUUUAUAGCGGUCACCGCGUAUCAGAAUCAUAGAAUCACACAGCUGAAGAUUGCCAGCAACCCAUUUGCUAAAGGUUUCCGGGAUGUGGAAGGAGAUGAAUGGUUACUUUCUCGUGUUUCAGAACCUAUCAAAAUACACGUGAAGGAUUCUCCAGAAAGGGGGAGCCCAAAGGAGAGAGAGAAGCUAAGUAAGGAGACCUAAGGCCCUGUGGAAUAGAGUCAUGCUACCCCUGCAAACCUUACAUAUUUGACAUACAGCGGGCGGAGCUUGGCCUGUC